AAAAUUUACAAACUCAGAAAUGUAAAUUGUCUAAACGAAAAAUCUAAAAAUUUGUGGUAACACAACGUGGCCCACAAAAAGUUUCCAAUUCUCCAAAUUUCCAGAACAGAAGAUGUUUUUGAUUUAUCGAGAAAAAUCGCAUUUCUCGCAAUCUUUAAUCAGCGCCGUUUGCAAUGUAAACAAACGAAAAGAAACGUAUCGUUCGACGAAAAGCAGAUUACUACUCGUGAAUGAAACGGUCAGUCAUUGACUAUAACGAGAGAAAGAUACAGACCGCGGAAUCAUCGUUUCCGGUGUUGGCAUCGAAUACUUGCGAAUUCUCACGGAAUUGGCUCGAAAACACGGCAAAUAUUUCGGUUGGUCGCACGAUGGAAUUCGGUCGGUGGGAGCCAUUUGACGUAGCAAGCAUCUUAUAAAAAGACGCAGAGCGUCGCGACGCUGCAUUCACGAGACGAGAGUCGACGAGACGCCCGCAAGAUAAUCGCGACAAUCGCGAUCAUCGGUUUCUCUCGAUAUUCCUUUUUUUAACAGUAUUAAUAGUCUCUAGUCUUUCUUUCGUUAAUUGGUACUUUUUUUUAAACUACUUUACGGUGAAACUAUGUCUUCAGUGAUGUAUGAAUCACUCAGCGACAAAGUGGCAAUGUUCAACCAAUAUGCCAACCAACACAAGGAAAAACAGAGCAAAAAUCCGUUCACGUCGGGUGUGAAUCUCGAGAAACGAACAUUUUCGAAAGACGAAUAUGGCAAACCGGUAGCUGGCUCUUUGACAGCCAUUCGCGGUCGCAAAGCCACAGCACACAUUCUUAGAGAGGUGCUUGAACUUUGCGAGAUCAUUCAUCAAGAGGGUACACCAUGUCGGGACCAACCAGAGAUCAUCGCGAUCACGUUUGGUGAUCUCUUUAACAUUUACACUCACAUCAGUGACAAAUGCGUGGGACUUCUGCUGAGAGCAAGAAAACAAAAGUUCGUUGACUUCGAAGGAGAAGUACUGUUCCAGAGGCGAGACGAUGACGUACCGAUAUACCUGGUGAAACCGAUCAAAGAAAUUCGCGAACAGUACCAUCAGAAACUACAGGAAAUCGCAAAAGAAACGCCAUUGAGUUAACAAUCGCCUUUCUGUUCCGAUUUAACCGGUGUCCAACAAUAAACGACUCGUUGGAUCGCUUCUGAAGAACAGUCGACCAUGUUAAUCUGUAUUUAUUCGUGAAGCAGUCGUAGAAACUACGCGAACGACCAUUGUAUAAUAUAGAAUGUAAUUUUUAUCUGGAAACGGAGGAUGUAAAUAUGAAAGUGAGAGUUUGAUGAAUGAAUGAUGUAGAUUCGUGUCAAGAAACGAACUUGUACAAUGUGAUACUUGUUAGGAUGUCAGAAAUAAAAAUCUUUUUAUAAAAUCCGUGUACUGUUCUAUCUGUUGCGAACAAUUUGUCGUUAAAUCUAGUUCUAACAUUAUUUCUAAAAUAAUCUAACUUUUAGGUUAAGAAUUUAUUUUAGGAAAGUUUACUUUGAGGUUAGAAUUGUCAAGAUAUAAAUUGCGAGAGAAACGGAACAUUAAUUUGUUGGUCGAAAUUAGUGACGCCAUUUUGAAGGUCGAUACGCAAGUAUACUUCGUUGAAAAUUUAUCAAAAUGUAACAUAUAUCAUCACGAGUUAAUGUAGAUUGUGAGCUUUACUUUCAAACCUUUAUUCGUACAGAGCUGUUCGCGUAGAACAUUAAAAACAAUGGUUUGUCGCCAUUUUCAGAAGAAAAUCUUGAAAUUCGUUUGUCAACGUGUACUCCGAUGCGGACGAUUCGAGCGAGAACGAUUAUUAAAAUAGCUUAAACAUUCAAAUUUUUAAAAUUAUAACCUUAUCUUGGUUUUAAUGACAGACAGGAGAUAGAACCUGCAGGAAAUAACGGUAGAAAAAACAAAGAUAUUUUAUAUAAUAUUUUAAGUUUUAAAAUUUAUUUGGUCUAUCUUAUCUACUUGACUAUUCGACUCAAUAUGCAUUAACUCGAAGUAACUCAGUUUGUAAUUUAAUUCAACUCAUUUCAAGUCUAUUCUAUUCUAUAUAGUUCGUUUCAACAGAGAUUCAAUCGACUCAAUAUGACCUAAACGUGAUCAGUACGAUUCAAUUCAACUUGACUCGACUAGUAUUUAAUAUGACGUACUGUACCAUACGAAAGUCCAACUAUAUUUCUUUAUGUACUAAAGAAAUAUCCCUACAUAUUAAAUAAAUAAAUUUGAUACUCGAAUCGACGUAAUUCAAUAUGACCGAA